AUGUCUUCUCUGCCCAAGACGUACAAGGCGGCCAUCUUUGAGAAGCAGGGCCAGCCUCUCACUCUCAAGGACAUCGAGCUCAAGCAUCCCGAGGACGGUCAGAUCCUCGUCAAGGUCGAGGCUUGUGGUGUAUGCCACAGUGACAAACUUGUUCAGGACGCAGCCUUCGGACCUCUCCCCCGCAUUCCAGGCCACGAGAUCGUCGGCAAGGUUGUCGAGGUUGGCCCUCACGUUACCAAAUGGAAGAACGGAGACCGCGUCGGCGGCGCUUGGCACGGUGGCCAUGAUGGCACUUGCCGUCAGUGCAACCAGGGCUUGUUCCAGAUGUGCGAUAACGGCCAGAUCAAUGGCGUAACCCGUGACGGUGGAUGUGUCACCGUGUACAACGCUAUCCGCAAGAUGAACAUCACUGCUGGCGAGAUCGUUGCAAUCCAGGGUCUCGGUGGUCUUGGCCACCUUGCGGUCCAGUACGCCAGCAAGAUGGGUUAUCGAACCGUCGCACUUUCUCGUGGUACCGACAAGAAGGACUUUGCCACGAAGCUCGGCGCCACCGACUACAUCGACACUAGCAGCCAGGAUCCUGCUGAGGCUCUUCAGAAGUUGGGCGGCGCCAGCCUCGUAGUUGCUACUGCGCCAAACCCGGAGCACAUUUCGCCAUUGGUAGGCGGAUGCAGAGCAAUGGGAAAGCUUCUCAUCCUAGCACCCGUUGGAGACAUCCCUGUCAACUCGAUCGCCAUGAUCACCAAGGGCAUCUCGGUGCAUGGCUGGCCUUCGGGUCAUGCCCUCGAUUCGGAGGAUACCGUCGCCUUCAGCCAACGAUUCGACGUCAAGUGCAUGUGUGAGACCUUCCCUCUUGCCAAGGCCAAUGAGGCCUUCGAGCACAUGAUGGCCAACAAGGCUCGCUUCCGUGCCGUGCUUACCAUGUAA